AAAAAUAAAACAAAUUCCUCGAAAAAAAUGGCGCGCUCCGCGAAGUUCCACGUCUGACCGCUAUUCAACCGGCCGGCGUGGUGGCGCAACCAUCCACGUGGUAGAGGCGCUUCGCGAUCAUUCUACAGAGCAAGUUUAUUUGUAAACACGCGGUUUCAUUUCUUAAGAUGGACACGUACGAAGCACGUAAAAAAGAUUGGGAAGAUUUAGAAGUGACCAAAGAAGAGUUGAAGAAUUUGACCGAGUGUUUGAAGAAGGAAGAGUUCCGGAAAUUGUUGAUCGAGUACGCAGAGGAGGUGACUGAUCCGGAGAAUAGGAAGAUAUACGAGAAAGAAAUCACGCAAUUGGAAAAAGAACGGGGCGUCGACGUUACGUUCGUUAACCCAGAGCCUGGUUACGUCAUAAAAACAAGCGUAAACGGAGAGAAGAAAUGUUUUCUGAACAUCAGCAAAAGCGACAUCGUGGCACGACCGACCAGUCAACCUUCUUUCGAACAAGGUCAUCGCGGUUUGCAGUGGUCUAUUCCGUAUACGUUGAUACCUCCGCGUGACGAUCUUGAUAAAAAGAACGUGCGUUGCAUGGUAUUUGACGUUGUCUUUCAUCCGGACACUCUUUAUCUAUCGUCAAAGAAUGCGCAGUUUCGGGAAAUCGUUAAUAACACAGCCAUGGACGGUGUGGAAAAUAACUUCAAGGUCAAAUUAGACAGAAAGAAUGUUAAGUUUCCAAAGUCGAGUUAUAAAGGGAUGUGCCAUCCUACAGUGAUAAGAAAACCAUCCAAGGAACCUCCGAAGGAACAUUUAGACAUAGAACCAGAAAUCUAUCAAAAGUUGAUGUCCAGUUACGAUAGGAGCAGAGAGCAGCAUAUAAAGCAGACAGAGGAACAGCCGCGAAGACCUGUACCAUCUACCACAUACUAUAAAGAGAGACUGGAGGAGAAGCAAGACAUGAACAGUGAAUACGUUACACCUAAAUUUUCUAUUAAACAUCAGUCCGAUGUAGAGCUGGAAGAUUUCAGUACUAAUAGAAAUGCAAACAUGAAUGCUACAGUACCUAAGCGAUUGAUCAUUACUAUAGACCUACCCUUAUUAAAAACUGCCACCGAUGCUUCCUUAGAUGUUCAAGAGCGUUUUCUUAAUGUAAAGAGCGAAAAACCUGCAAAGUAUUUGCUGGAAUUGCCUUUGCCUUAUCGUGUAGAUGCAGAUCAUGGCAAUGCUAAAUUUGAUCCGAAAUACAAAAAACUAGUGGUGACUCUACCAGUUAUUAGAUCUGUGGUACCAGUGUCCGAUACCAGAGAAGACAGCGGAGUUGACAGCGAUCAUAGUAGUCCUGUACCGAUGCUCUCUGAACGCAUCUCAAAAGAUGAUUCCUUUGAUCAGAGUCACGCGAGUAACUCUAUAUCAAAAUUAGUUGAAGAUUGUGAAACAGUGCUCGCAAUCACUAAACUAGAGGAUACAAGUGAAAAGUUAGAAGAUUCUAGUGACACUGCGUUACGGACUAACAUAGAGGAUACAGAUACUUUUACAGAUCCUAGCGUUAAGUAUUCUUUACCGACGUUUAUUUGUAAUUUAUACGAAAAUCAAUUAACUAUUACUAUAAAUGUAAAAAACGUGAAUCCAGAUUCUAUUCGUCAUAAGAUCUUGCAAAAUAAUUCCGGUGUGCAUGUUUUAUUAACAUCGAUAGGCGCAGGAUUUUAUCCUCAACAUUAUUCGUUAUGUUUAAAAAUAAACGAAAACUCUGUGGAUCCCGAUUCGUUCACGGUUGAUCCAUGGGAUAAUAACGUUGUGUUCUCCGUAAAAUUAGAAAACGUUGAAAACUUAGCACGAUACUACGUUGGUGAGACCGAGGAGUUCAUGGAAGAGAAAUAUCUUCCUACAGCUUUGUCAUUCCAGACCCAAUUGAAAGAACUGACAGCGGAAGAAGAUUUCAAAAUAGAUCGAACGAUAGACGUGCACACAGAAGAUGAUGGUGUCGUCAUAAAUAUUACUCCGAAUCAGUUGGAUUCCGACGACGAAGUUGAUCACCGGAAUUUGCGGUCGAUCGAAUGUCGCGAAAAUCAUGACACCGUGUCAGAAACUAGAUCCGUUUCAGAAAGUAGCGGAGAUGAACUAACAAGUAGCAUCGGUGCAAGUACAUUCUCGAAAGGUAUAUUAAAAUCAAGGCGCGCUAAUGCUUUUUCUCGUUCAGUAUCGGAAUCGAGCGCCGAUGAAAAUGGAAUGCCGGCAUCGUCUAUAGACUGCCAUUACGGUUCGGUACAAGACAUGAACUCUGAAUCGGAAUGUUCCAGUUUAAAAAAGACAGUACGAUUCAAUGACGUAGUGUCGCGACAAUUAUUCAGAUCAAACUCCAGCAUUCUCGGUCGACGUAAGAAAAACCGACGUAAAUUGCGAAACAAAAAACGUGCACAGAAUCGUAGAUUGAGCGAGAGCGAAAACUCCGAAACGGAGGAACGCGACAAAUAUAAGAUAAAUCAAAAGAGUACAGAAGUUACUGAUAUCGUGAAACCUAUACUUAAUAAGGAUAAGCAAUCGACGAAACAGAAAACUGCCAAUAUUGAAAUAAUGAAAGGGGCUAGUGAUAAUCGUUCGUCGGUGGAAAGGAACUCCAGCGUCGAGGAAGAAAUCGAGCAUGAAAUUCAUUCGGAUAAGGAUAUCGAAUAUAAGGAUGCGGUGAAGAUGGAAUUUAAGAACGAUCUGAUAUUUGAUCUUGACAUGUAGAUUUCUGCGAUAUGUCAACGAAUUGAAACUCGUAUGUGAUAUCUUCUGAAGUUAAACGAGUAACGUAUCUUUUAAUUAUCUCAAAAUAAGUAUUAUCGUGAAAUUACUCGCAAAGUUGGUUACUAAACAAAAGAACCACAGGGUUACGUUCACUUAUGUGAUAAUGUUUCUUUUCAGUAACGAAAGAAAAGUGACUACGCAUCAUAGUUGCGCGCACCAUCGUGAAUCGAUGAAAUUGUAUAUUCGUAUUAUUUUAGAAGGGUUCGUAAUCGUGAGUAAACAAAUUGUUAGAGAAUGUUAGAAGUUUUUAGUACGAUAGCUCAAAAACGUCGAUCUUAUUCUAUUAUACCUUACAUAUUUAUAAAGAUUGCGGGUACGCGGUCAACAAAGUGCAGAGAUGGAUGGGAAUCUCUUUAAUAUAUCUCAUGCGAUGUACUGCAUACUUUGAGAAUAUUUCUUAUAGAAAAGCAGAAGAACGCGAUUUAUUAAAAUUAUUCGUGAAGGGAAUCUGCAUAAGAAGUACGAAAACACAUGCUCUAUUUUAUAGAAUGAAGUUCUUAAAAAAAUCAAUUUUUACAGACAUUUUAUAGAGAUUAUCGUACGAUCAUUUGUAUAGAUUGCACGUAGCGAAUACAUUCUUCCAAUAAUCGCGAUCAUAUAAUCUGAAUCAUGAUUAGAAAGUAUUGUUCCAUCGCGGAGCAAAUUGCGCACUCUUGCUUUUGUAGCGAGGUGUUUGCCAUAUCAAUGUACACGCGAUACAAUAUUAGCAUAUUCCAUACAAUAAAAAGUGGGGAAUAAAAUUUCCUGAUACUAUGUUCAA